UUAACUUUAUAUUGAUUCAGCAGCUUGUUUACUGUUCUCUUCUGUUUCUUCUUCUUCCUUUUUUUGUCUUCCCUUCUCAGUGCCCAACCCAAGUUCAAAGGCUGAUGAGAGAGAAAAAAAAAACUCAUGAGGAGAUUUUACUCUAGGGAAAGUUGCUCAGUGGAUGGGAUCUUGGUGCACGGGGAAAGAUGUCCAGCUCCUCCUGGCUCCUUCUCAGCCUUGUUGCUGUGACUGCUGCUCAGUCCAUUGAGGAACAGGCCAAGACAUUUUUAGACAAGUUUAACCAGGAAGCUGAAGAUCUGUCUUAUCAAAGUGCACUUGCUUCUUGGGAUUAUAACACCAAUAUUACUGAGGAGAAUGCCCAAAAGAUGAAUGAGGCUGCGAUGAAAUGGUCUGCCUUUUAUGAAGAACAGUCAAAGCUUGCCAAAAAGUACUCACUACAAGAAAUUCAGGAUCUUGUCAUUAAGCGUCAGCUGCAGGCUCUUCAGGAGAGUGGGGCUUCAGCUCUCUCACCAGACAAGAACAAACAGUUGAACACAAUUCUAAAUACGAUGAGCACCAUCUACAGUACUGGAAAAGUGUGCCGCUCAAAUAACCCACAGGAAUGCUUAUUACUUGAACCAGGUUUGGAUGACUUAAUGGCAACAAGCACAGACUACAACGAGAGGCUCUGGGCAUGGGAAGGCUGGAGAGCUGAGGUUGGCAAGCAGCUCAGACCAUUAUAUGAAGAGUAUGUGGUCCUGAAGAAUGAGAUGGCAAGAGCGAACAAUUAUGAAGAUUAUGGGGAUUAUUGGAGAGGGGAUUAUGAAGCAGAGGGAGCAGAUGGCUAUGAAUAUAACCGCAACCAGUUGAUUCAAGAUGUGGAACGUACCUUCGCAGAGAUUAAGCCAUUAUAUGAACAGCUCCAUGCCUAUGUGAGAACAAAGUUGAUGGAUGCCUACCCUUCCCGUAUAAGUCCAACUGGAUGCCUCCCUGCUCAUUUACUUGGUGAUAUGUGGGGUAGAUUUUGGACAAAUAUAUACCCUUUGACAGUCCCCUUUGGACAGAAACAAAACAUAGAUGUUACUGAUGCAAUGGUGCAGCAGGGUUGGGGUGCUGAAAGGAUAUUUAAAGAGGCAGAGAAAUUCUUUGUUUCUGUUGACCUACCUCAAAUGACUCAAGGAUUCUGGGAAAACUCCAUGCUGACUGAGCCAGGAGGUGAUCGGCAAGUGGUCUGCCACCCCACAGCUUGGGACCUGGGGAAGGGCGACUUCAGAAUCAAGAUGUGUACAAAGGUGACCAUGGACAACUUCCUGACAGCCCAUCAUGAGAUGGGACACAUCCAGUAUGACAUGGCAUAUGCCACACAACCUUUCCUGCUGCGAAAUGGAGCCAAUGAGGGGUUCCAUGAAGCUGUGGGGGAAAUCAUGUCACUUUCUGCAGCUACACCUCAGCACUUGAAGUCCAUUGGUCUUCUGCCAUCAGAUUUUCGUGAUGAUAAUGAAACAGAAAUAAACUUCCUACUCAAACAAGCACUGACAAUUGUUGGAACUCUACCAUUUACUUACAUGCUAGAGAAGUGGAGGUGGAUGGUCUUUAAGGGUGAAAUUCCAAAAGAGGAGUGGAUGAAAAAGUGGUGGGAAAUGAAGCGAGAGAUCGUCGGAGUGGUAGAGCCUCUGCCUCAUGAUGAAACAUACUGCGACCCUGCAUCUCUCUUCCAUGUUUCUAAUGAUUACUCAUUUAUCCGAUAUUACACGAGGACCAUUUACCAAUUCCAGUUUCAAGAAGCCCUUUGUCGAGCAGCUGAGCAUGUAGGCCCCCUGCACCAAUGUGACAUCUCAAAUUCCACCAAAGCCGGGCAGAAACUCUUGAAUAUGCUGCGUCUUGGAAGUUCAGAACCCUGGACCUUAGCACUGGAAAAUGUGGUAGGAGCAAGGAAUAUGGAUGUAAGGCCUCUCCUCAACUACUUUGAGCCAUUGCUCGUCUGGCUGAAAGAGCAGAACAGGAAUUCCUUCGUGGGGUGGAGCACUGACUGGAGUCCAUAUGCUGACCAAAGCAUUAAAGUGAGGAUAAGUCUAAAGUCAGCUCUUGGAGAAAAUGCAUACAAAUGGAAUGACAAUGAAAUGUACCUGUUCCGAUCAUCUAUUGCAUACGCCAUGAGAAAGUAUUUUUUAGAAGUCAAAACCCAGACAAUUCCUUUUGGGGAGGAGAAUAUUCUGGUGAGUGAUGUGAAACCAAGAAUCUCUUUCAACUUCAUUGUCACUGCACCUAAAAACGUGUCUGAAAUCAUUCCUAGAAGUGAAGUUGAACAGUCUAUCAGGCUGUCCCGGGGCCGUAUCAAUGAUAUUUUCUACCUGGAUGAUAACAGCCUGGAGUUUCUGGGGAUUCAUCCAACACUUGAACCUCCUUAUCAGCCUCCUGUCACCAUAUGGUUGAUUAUUUUUGGAGUUGUGAUGGGAAUUGUAGUGGUUGGCAUCAUUAUCUUGAUCGUCACUGGAAUCAAAGGUCGAAAGAAGAAAAAUCAAACAAAAAAAGAAGAAAACCCGUAUGCCUCUGUGGAAAUUGGUAAAGGAGAAAGUAAUGCAGGAUUCCAAAACAAUGAUGAUGCUCAGACUUCAUUUUAGACAAAAGUCUGUCAUUUUCCUCCUGAGAUGAUUUUCCUGUAUGUAAAUGUUAACUUCAUGGUACACAAAUAUGAGAUUAUAAACAUGUCAUUAAAUAUCAAAACUGUGACUUUUUCCAGGAAAAGUUGUUCAAAGAGAACUUGAAUUACAUGGGGCAUGUUUGCUGGCAUUGUUUUCAAUAUUUAUUUCUGUCUUAGGAAUUGACAUCUCUUCUGUUUAUUAAUAGGGAUGCUUAUAUUAGAGUAAAGUAGGUCUUUGGCUUCACAGUCUGUCCAGGAAUAAUGGAAACGGAAUCAUCUGUUUAAUAACUGGAGUUGGAAGAUACAAUGUAAAUUGGGAACAAGUGUUGAAUUUUUAUGGAAUCUGUAGUGUGAACUUGUGGAGCUGCAGAGACUGAGAAUGGUACAUACCAUUCACUUUAAUCCAAGUGUAAAGGAUGGAGGACAACCUGUUUUUACAUUACCUUAAUUCAAAGUAUUAUACUAAUUUGCGCCCAGUAAUAUUUGAAAUGGACUGUUCUUUCUUUGGGGGUACAGAUCCAAAGAAGCAAGAAGCCAGACAUCAGGUAGAGGACAUUACAUCUCAUUUCCAAGCGCUUGACCAACAUCUUCCUAACAAUACACAACUAGCACAGGGAAUUUCAUGAACCCAGAGCAUGCCUGAAAGAAACUCAUUUCUAUUCUUCUCUAACCAUGGAGUGAAUGAAAACUUCAACUGAAUGUUCACUCUGUGAAGUGGGUGUCUGGUUUCUGAAAUCCUUUGUGUUCUCCCACAGGGUCUGAGCAAUGAUAAGUACAAAGCAGACUUCAAUAAAUACUUAUUAGAUGUA